AUGAGCUGCACGACAGAGGAGGAAGCGGCCCGGGCGAAGCGCGGUGGGCACCCCGUGUGCGCAGGGCGGCGGCUGCCGCUGCGGAGGCAGCUGUCGCAGGUGCCCAUCACGGCGCUGGGCUUCCUCUACGUGGCGGCGACGGCGGACGUCUUCGUCCUGGCGGGGGAGGAUGCGCGGCUGCUCGUGUACCGGGCGGCGGCGGCGGGCGGUUUGGCCGACGUGGGAGAUGAGCUCGUGUGGACAGUGGCCGUCUUCCGGGACCAGGACCAGGACCAGGACCAGGACCAGCCGAUACACGGCCUGCGGGUGUGGCAACGCGACGGACGCGCGCGGGCCCUGGUCUGGGGCGCCUCGUCCGUCGCCGUCGUCGACUUGGAUGGCGUCGACGGCGGCAGGGAGCCGCGGGUGCUGGGCGCGGCCACGGCCCCGGACUGGAUCUACGACGGCGCCGUCUCGCCGUGGGACCCGGACCGCGCCGCCCUCGUCACCGCGCACAACGACAUCAUCCCCCUGACGUGCGGCGGCGCCUCGGACGGCCUGGAGCUCGGCGCGGCCACGACGUCGCCCUCGCGGCCCAUGCUCUACUCGGCCCAGCUGGCCUGGCUCUCCCCGUCGUGCAUCCUCGUCGCUGCGGGGACCGUCUUUGGCGACGUCGUCGUGUGGAAGUGCGACCUAGCCGCCGCCGCGCACACGACGAUAUGCCGCUUGUCGGGCCACGAGGGUUCCGUCUACGGCGUCGACAUUUCCCCCGCCCUGACUCUCCCGGACGGGACGACGAUGCGCCUCCUCGCCAGCUGCAGCGACGACCGGACCAUUCGCAUCUGGGACGUCUCCGAUGCGGAAACGAGCGGGCCUACCUCGGCGCAGCCCUCCGCGACAACCGAGACGACGGGUUUCAGGUCGUCUUCGCCAAGCUGUGACGACGGGGCCGCCGACCGACUCGUUGCUGUUGCCAUGGGUCACCUCUCGCGCAUAUGGGGCGUUAAACUGGGCCUCGCGGAGCCGGCCACGCUGCCGGACGGCACGCUGUGCGUCUACUCGUUCGGCGAGGACGCGACGGCUCAGCGCUGGCGCCUGUCGCUCCAUCCAAGGAGGAACGGGGGAGACGGGGCCUUGGCCGGGCUGGCGCACGAGCAGGCCAUGUCGCUGCACAACGGCAAGCAUCUGUGGGCCGGCGCCGUGCUCUGCCGUCCCGGAACCACGACGCUGCUCGCCACGGGCGGGGGGGACGGCAAGAUCUGCCUAGUGCGAGAGCCCAUGACGCCGGUGCGGCCGUAUCCCAAGCACGCGAGCUCAGUCUCCCGGGACGGCGUGGUGACCGUCGACGUACAAGACAUUCUCGCGUCUCUGCCACGUCCGCCCCCCUCGCGCAGCGGCCGCGAUAUCAUAAACAGGUACGACUUUUUGUCCGCGGACCAAAUCCUCGUCAGCACCACGCUCGGCCGUCUUUUCGUGGGCUCGCUCAUCGACGGCCUAGCUUGGGAAGAGAUCGAGGUGGAUGACGACGUUGCUGGCGACGUGGGACUUACCUACGCCCUCAGGGCCGUUGGCAACGGGGCUGCUGUUCUCGGCACCACAAAUGGCCACAUACUCUACUUCCAGCGCCCUCGCCGCCUCUCCCGCGUCGUCAAGGUCCCCGGAAAGGUGGUCGACGUGGGUUGCGUCUCGGCGGCGCCCGGCCGGGGCGCCGUGGAUACGUCUUGGGUCGAGAUCAUGGUCCAUCUCCAUGGUAAUCCGAGCUCGCAAUAUCUCACCCUCGACGCACCGACGGGUCGCGUCCUGCGCCACGAGCACACGGCCGGCCUUGACGCCAGGUUCGUCGCCAUCUCUGCGGCCAGAAUGGGCGACGUGCUACUCAUGGGGUCUCGCCAUGGCUGGCUGUCUCUCUUGACGAGGCAAGAAGACGCCUGGCGCCCCGUACUGGACCUGGCACCUCGCAGUCGCGACGGCAUCACCGCCAUCGUGCCUCUGCCCCCCAAGGCCAACGCCACUCUGCCCUCGCCAUACUUUGUGGCCACGAGCCGGGACGGGAAAUUUCGCAUAUAUCGUGUCGAGUGGGAGGGAGACGGCGCGCGUUGUCAUCUGCUGCACGAGACGUCGCCGCCUUUCGGGCCCAUGGUUGAGGGCGCAUGGUUCACGCGCGACGCGGUCCCGGAACUCAUCUUGUACGGCUUUAGAAGCAAAAAUUUUGUCAUUUGGAACGAGACUCGACGAGAGGAGGUGGCCACUAUAGACUGUGGAGGCGCACACCGAACGUUUCGGCCGUGGUUCAGCGCCUCGGAUCCCGGGCAUUAUCGCUUUGCUUUUACUCGAACGUCCAAGUUGGCCAUUUCCUCGCAGGCCCGGCCUAUCUUCCGGACACUCAAGGCGGGGACGCACGGGCGCGAGAUACGAGCUUUGAGCUCCAACGGGCGUUACAUUGCCUCUGGCGCCGAAGACACGUCGAUCCGGAUAUGGACAUGCGUCUCGGGACGAGGGCAGAGUCGAGUGCGGAUAUGCCACUUGGCGUCGGUCAAGGCGCACGUCACUGGGAUCCAACAGCUGCGGUGGGCUGGCGACGAGUAUCUCUUCAGCAGCGCCGGCAACGAAGAGUUUUUCGUGUGGAGAGUGCGCAGCCUGGACUCUUCGUACGCAGGCCUGGCCGUGGUCUGCGAGGCUGUUUACAGCGACAAGAGCGCCACGGGAGACUUGCGCAUCAUGGACUUUGACGUCGACGGCCGCAGUCUCUCGAGCGGCUUGCUCGUGACCUUGGCCUUUUCCAAUUCCACCUUUAGGACGUAUCAGUACGGGCCCGAUGGUGGCUUUAAGCCCCUUGCUCACGGGGUCUAUACCGGUGCUUGUGUCACGCAGGUGCGGCAUCUUGGCAUGUGCCGAGACAGGCUGUGGGUGGUGACGGCUUCGACCGACGGGCACAUGGCCUUGUGGGCGACGCAGGCACAGGGGAACGACCAAGAAGGGCCGACGUAUGUGAUGACGCAGGCGGCUCAGGUGCACCAAAGCAGCAUCAAGGGACUCGACAUGACUCGACAAGGGCAAGGAUAUCUAAUCAUGACGGGCGGCGACGACAACGCGCUCGGGGUUUCCGCCAUCGGCCUUGCGGAAGACGGGAGCGGCCAUGUGAUUAUGCGACGAGGCGUUGUGCGGUCGGCGCACGCGGCCGCCAUCAACGGGGUUGUCUGGCUGGCCGGCGAGGAGGGAGCGGUUGGGGUGAGCGUGAGCAACGACCAACGGGUACGAGCGUGGAGAGUAUGCGGGACGAGAGUCGAGCUGGUCGGCUCCAUGUGCAGCGGCGUCGCAGAUCCGGGCGACGUCGCGCAGGUCUGCCUGGGGAGCGUCAUGGUGGGAGGGGUCGGGGUCGAGGUAUGGAGCUGGCUCGACGGCAAACGCUCCCUUAGCUGCUAG